ACACAGUAAAGAUGGCGACGCACUAAAGGGCUCCAUGCUUUAUUGUUGAUAAAACCAUACAUUGUUAUUUUACAGGAGAAACUCUCACUUGGCUCAGAAAAAUGUCAAGGUUAAUAGUCAAAAAUCUCCCGAAUGGGAUGAAGGAAGAUCGCUUCCGUAAGAUGUUUGCAGAUUUUGGGACACUUACAGAUUGUGCACUCAAAUUUACCAAGGAUGGAAAAUUUCGCAAAUUUGGAUUUGUGGGUUUCAAGACAGAAGAAGAUGCACAGAAAGCUUUGAAACAUUUCAACAAGAGCUUUGUGGACACAUCUAGGGUUACUGUGGAAUUGUGCACAGAUUUUGGCGAUCCAAACAAAGCCAGACCCUGGAGCAAACACACACGCCAGCCUUCAUCAAAGAAAGAUACAGAAGAAAAAAAAACACAUGAGCAAGGAGAAAAAGAAAAAAAGAAGCCGAAGAAGAUUUUAAAUGUUCUGGGAGAUCUUGAAAAAGAUGAGAGCUUCCAGGAGUUUCUGGCAGUGCACCAGAAACGUGGACAGGUUCCCACAUGGGCCAAUGACACUGUGGAAGCGACUGCUGUUAGACCUGAAAUGGAGAAGAAGAAAGAGAAGAAGCAGAAAGCGGCUGUUGAAGAUGAUUACCUGAACUUUGACUCUGAUGAAUCGGAGGAAUCAAGUGAUGACGGCGAGGAUGCUGCAGAUGAAGAGGACAAACAAGAUAACGAGAAGGAGGCCUUGAAGACUGGUCUGUCUGAUAUGGACUAUCUCCGCUCCAAAAUGGUGGAGAAAUCAGACAUGCUGGAUGAGAAAGAUGACGACAGCAGUGCGAGUGCUGCUGAUGAAAAUGAGGAAGAUGAGGGGAAAGAGGAGGAAGAGUCCAUAGUCCAGCACGCAGACAGUGCUUAUGAGAGUGGAGAGAAGACAAGCAGCCAGAAAAGCACAAGGCCAGCAAUUGAGCCAACCACAGAGUUCACAGUCAAGCUACGAGGUGCUCCAUUCAAUGUCAAAGAGCAACAAGUGAAAGAGUUUAUGAUGCCUUUGAAACCCGUUGCCAUUCGAUUCGCUAAGAACAGUGACGGCCGCAACUCGGGUUACGUGUAUGUGGACCUACGAUCAGAGGCAGAGGUCGAGAGAGCCCUGCGCCUUGACAAGGACUACAUGGGAGGGCGCUACAUUGAGGUUUUCAGAGCCAACAACUUUAAAAACGACAGGCGUUCUGCAAAAAGAAGCGAGAUGGAAAAGAAUUUUGUGCGCGAGCUGAAGGACGACGAGGAAGAGGAGGAUGUUGCAGAAUCUGGACGACUUUUCAUUAGAAACAUGCCCUACACGUGCACUGAGGAGGAUCUGAAAGAAGUAUUUAGCAAACACGGUCCUCUAUCUGAGGUGCUUUUCCCCAUAGACAGUCUGACUAAGAAGCCUAAAGGCUUUGCAUUUGUCACAUACAUGAUACCAGAGAAUGCAGUAUCAGCCCUGGCUCAGCUGGAUGGACACACAUUCCAGGGUCGCGUUCUGCACGUCAUGGCUUCAAGGCUGAAGAAGGAAAAGGCCGAUCAGGGGCCUGAUGCUCCCGGCAGCUCCUCAUAUAAGAGAAAGAAAGAUGCCAAAGAUAAGGCAGCCAGCGGCAGCUCUCAUAACUGGAACACGCUGUUUUUGGGUACGAGUGCAGUGGCCGAUGCCAUCGCUGAGAAAUACAACACAACCAAGAGCCAAGUGUUGGAUCACGAGUCUGAUGGCAGUCUGGCUGUCAGGAUGGCUCUUGGAGAGACGCAGAUUGUACAAGAAACCAGACAAUUUCUCUUGGACAAUGGAGUUUCUCUGGACUCGUUCAGUCAGGCGUCGGGUGAGCGCAGUAAAUGUGUUAUCCUCGUAAAGAACUUGCCGUCAGGAGUGCAGGUUGCAGAUCUGGAGGCUCUGUUCUCGCCCCAUGGGUCUUUGGGUAGAGUUCUGCUGCCCCCUUCUGGCCUUACAGCGAUAGUGGAGUUCCUGGAGCCCACAGAAGCCAAACGUGCUUUCAUGAAACUUGCAUACACAAAGUUUCAACAUGUCCCUUUGUAUCUUGAAUGGGCUCCUGUCGCUGUCUUUACAACUCCCUCAGCACCUAGACCAGAGCCUCAAACCAAAGAGAAAUCUGCUGUGAAAAAUGAUUCAGUCCAAAAUGAAGAAGAAGAGGAGGAAGAGGAAGAAGAUGACCAGAUUUUACCUGGCUCGACUCUCUUCAUUAAGAACUUGAACUUUAUCACCUCAGAAGAAACAUUACAGAAGACGUUUUCUAAAUGCGGCGUGGUGAAAAGCUGCACGAUAUCAAAGAAAAGAGAUAAAGCAGGUAAAUUGUUAUCGAUGGGUUACGGCUUUGUGCAGUACAAAACUCCAGAGGCGGCACAGAAAGCCAUGAGACAGCUGCAGCACUGCACAGUUGAUGAGCACCAGCUUGAGGUGAAGAUAUCAGAGAGAGAAGUCAAGUCAGGUGUGGCACAGGCCAAGAGGAAAAAGCAAACCGCCAGGAAACAGACGACCUCUAAGAUCUUGGUGCGAAACAUCCCUUUCCAGGCCACAGUCAAAGAGCUGAGAGAACUCUUCUGUACGUUUGGAGAGCUGAAGACAGUCCGCCUGCCAAAGAAAGGGAUUGGUGGAUCCCACCGUGGUUUUGGCUUCAUUGACUUCCUCACGAAACAGGAUGCCAAGAAAGCGUUCUCAGCACUGUGCCACAGCACUCAUCUGUACGGCAGGAGGCUGGUGCUGGAGUGGGCAGAUGCUGAGGAGACGGUAGACGACCUGCGGAGGAAAACCGCACAACACUUUCAUGAUGCUCCUAAGAAGAAGAGGAAGGCGGAGGUGUUAGAGGGAAUCCUGGAGCAGAUGGAGGUCGGCGAUGGAGACGGCGAGUGAAUAGCAGCCGUCAGUCAUUCACCUCCAGCAUCAAUAAGAGAACCCGCUCCGACUGAAGGUGAACUCCAAGACUAAGUCCUUUUAGAAAAGCAAAAGCCCGAAGGCCACGCUUGCUUUGGCUGUUUUUAAUCGUCACAGAGGGCCGAGACGGUUCAUACACUGCCUUGACACGCGGAUGACAUUGAGAAAUCGUAUCAGAAAUGAAAUGUGGAAGGGGUUUGAUUGUUGUUUGUACACACAGAGAUUGUGUAUUGUAUUUUCAGAUACUUACAUAAUUAUGUAAAGUUUUUGAGGUGUUUAAAGUGAUGGUUCAGCCCAAAGUGAUGUGUUAUUCACUGUCAAGUGGUUUCAAAACAUUUAGUUUCCUGUUUUCUGUUGAACACAAUAGAAGAUAUUUUGAAGAAUGCUGGAAAUCCAUUAUAAAGAAUAAAAAAUACUUAAGUGGCUGUCGAUUUCUCAAAAUAUCUUCUUUUGUGGAGAAAUGAAAGCUUAAAAUGUUUCAAACAAGCAGUUGUUGAAUAAAUUACAAGCUUUUUUUGGUAAUUUUGUGCAGGGUGAACAUGUUCUUUCAUUGCAUUGCUAUUAAAUCUGGCCACUUGUCAGUGUUGGUUUUUGAAAAAUGACCUUUUUGGGGUUAUACUGUAUAUGACUAUAAUAAAUUAGUCUGGAAAGAGGAGUAUUCACUCUAGAAACAUCUUUUUGUAAAGUUUGUGAAGUCUGAGGAACAUCAUGUUGCUUCAAACUAAGCUGUUAUGUCAAUGACAUUUAUUGUUCUGGUGCUUUACUGAAAUGUUUGUUUGUUCAACUAAAAAUGGAAAUUUCUAUCAACAUUUAUCUUAUUUCAUUAGCCUUAUUCCAAAAUAUAAAAGCUUAGUAUACAAAGCCAAUUAUGGGUUAGUUGCUCUAAAAAAAAGUAAUUAAUUUCUGAUUGCAUCUUUACAAUUGUAUUUAAAUAAGUUUUCUAAUUACAGUCAAUAAUUUUAGUGCGUAAGUCUCAAUGCAUAGUCAACAGACUUCACACUCUUAAUUCUUUAAAUUGGUUUUGUUUUUGGUUUUGUUUAAAAAAUAAUAAUAAUAGCCCAUUUUUUUUAUUGUAUGAAAUAUAAAGUCAUUAAUUGAAAACGUUUUUUUAAAGCAUGUGCAGUUGUUGGACAAAUAAAACCUUUUUUUUUUUUUUACUUAUGGAAAAUAUCUAAACAACAACAAAAUAAAUUAUUUACAAUGACUGUUUCUUUGAAUUUA